UUACGUGUUGGUAGAUCUGCAGGCGUCUCCUGAGCUGCUCGGGGAGUUGUGCAGCCAUAUUGGCUCAAAAGUAAUAAUCUUGGCACAGAGAAGUGGAGUCAGCAGCUGAGAUGAUCCACAGCCUGUUCCUCAUUAAUCACUUGGGAGACAUCUUCCUGGAGAAACACUGGAAGAGUCUCAUCAGCCGAAGUGUGUGCGAUUACUUCUUCGAGGCAAGGGAGAAAGCAGUGGAUCCAGAGAAUGUGCCCCCUGUCCUCCAGACCCCACACCACUAUCUCAUCUCCAUAUAUAGGGGAAAACUCUUCUUCCUCUCUGUCACCCAGACUGAGGUCCCCCCACUGUUUGUCAUCGAGUUCCUGCACAGAGUGGCGGACACAUUUCAGGACUACUUUGGAGAGUGCUCCGAAAGUGUGAUCACUGACAAUGUGGUGAUAGUUUAUGAGCUGUUGGAGGAGAUGCUGGACAAUGGAUUUCCACUAGCAACAGAGUCCAAUGUCCUCAAGGAGAUGAUCAGGCCUCCCAACAUCCUGCGAUCAGUCGUCAACACGCUAACAGGAGGUAGUAAUGUUGGAGAAACGUUGCCACAAGGUCAGCUGUCAAACAUCCCAUGGAGGCGGGCUGGUGUCAAGUACGCCAAUAAUGAGGCGUAUUUUGAUGUGACAGAAGAAAUAGACGCCAUUGUGGACAAAUCCGGUACGACAGUAUCUGCAGAGAUCCAGGGUGUAAUUGAAGCCUGUGUGAAACUCAGUGGGAUGCCUGACCUGACGAUGUCCUUUAUGAAUCCUCGGCUUCUUGAUGACGUGAGUUUCCACCCAUGCGUGCGGUUCAGGCGCUGGGAGUCGGAGUGUGUCCUGUCGUUCAUCCCACCAGAUGGAAACUUCACGCUCAUGACCUAUCACAUCAGCUCUCAAAAUCUUGUAGCCAUUCCAGUGUAUGUGAAGCAGAGCAUCAGUUUCUUUGAGGCAGGAUCUUGCGGUCGCCUUGACAUCACCAUUGGACCCAAGCAAACUAUGGGGAAGACAGUGGAGGACCUGAAAGUCACUAUCCACAUGCCUAAGGCUGUGCUUAAUGCCAACCUCACAGCCACACAGGGAAACUACACCUAUGACUUCACUACAAAGAUGUUGGUUUGGGACAUUGGUAAGCUUAACCCCCAGAAGCUUCCCAACUUGCGAGGCAGUCUGAGUAUGCAGACAGGAGUGCCUAACCCUGAAGAGAACCCCUCACUCAAUAUUGACCUAAAGAUCCAGCAGCUGGCCAUAUCAGGUCUUAAAGUGAGCCGUCUCGACAUGUACGGAGAGAAGUACAAGCCAUUUAAAGGUGUCAAAUAUGUGACUAAAGCGGGCAAAUUCCAAGUGAGGACCUGAGCAGUUACUGUCAGAGGUCAGCAAUCCAACAUGCCAAAUAGAAGCAAGUUUGCCGCACCGCUGACUCACCUCUCCAAUAUGUCUUACAUAUCCACGUGCUCAUUGUAAUUAAUGAACAAUUCUGCAUUUUUUAGGUUAUUUAUUUUGUUUAGCAUCACAUUUGUAUGAACUGAUGGUUUUUGCAGCUUGUAAAGGGAAGCCUUAAUAAUCAGCGUGACUUAAUUGAAGUGCUAUUAGUUUCUAUUCUGUUUGAAUGUGACUCAUUCCUUUUCUUUCUUUUAAUUUUUUUUUUUAAAUCUAACACAUUUUGAGUGUUGCCUAAGGGGAAUAUUUUGGUUUGAAAAAGGACAUUUACAGCUCACUGCCACGCUCACCACUACACCUCUGCACCUAAAUUAAGUUGCCUGCAUGUUGCCUGAGAAUAAACCGACCUGCCUUUGAAAACUUUUUUUUUUUCGUUAGUCAGUUUUAUAAAGAUAGAUAUUUUUAAUUUUUGAAAGAAAAAAACUCUAUCUACUUUCUGAGCAGCUGCAGUGUCUUCACGCCCUGCUGGUGUUUUGCACUCCCUCUCUUAUGUGGCCUUUUUGGAGGAGCUUCUGAUGCUUCUUAUAGCACAAGCUAUAGCACAAAACGUCAUGUUUUGGAUGCCAGAGGAAGUUUUAAAAAAAAUGUAUAUCCUCUAUUCAAGUGUGGUGAAGACUUGUGUGAUGUGUGGUGGUCAUCAUUUGAUGAUCAGUGACUCAGACGGGUUAUUGGGAACACUUCUGUCUGAAGUCCACAAGAUCCUCAAAUAACUUCAAUUGCAGCUUCUUUACUCAGCACAGCAUUUGCACAAUCAAUUGUUCAUGUGGGAAAUACUACUUAAAGCUCUUGUAUGAAGUUGAAUCUGUA